UCGUCCGUAAACUUUGCUUGGAAGGUUCAGCCAAAUGAUUGGUACAGAGUAAUCUCAUAUCCCUAGCGGGAACUUUCAUUUGCCCACCACUAUAUACCCCGCUAAGGAUAUGAUGGUAGGACUUGUAAGGCCACCAUUUUCUGGAGUUUUUAUUAUCUUACAAUCAAAAUAAGAGACAAAAAUAAUCCCAUGCUGCAUCCGACUAAAGAACAAUGAUGCCAAUCAACCAACUUCCUUCCACUUCCACCUUCCAAUGAUUCUAUCAAAGUUACCAGAGAUGAUGAGCCCAAUAACUUGUUUGGGUAUCUUCUAACAAGUUUAAUCAAAAAAGUUGGACAGUCAACGGUUCAGAUUGGUAGAGCCUCGUGUCAGAGGAUCCCCCCACCUACCAAACUCAAAAAUGUUGUCUCUCACAGUCAACUAAUCCAACAGCAUCCAGCUUCCAGAUCCUCAUUAUCCACGUGUCGUUUAUCUAUUGGAAGAGCAGCAUCUAAAGUCAUGAACAGCCGCCGCAGGGAAUCACCAAUUACAGAAAUUUAAAGCAGCCCAAUUUGAGAAAUGACAAUAAAAUAUUACUAUUGGAGCCGCAAUCUAAAGCCAGGGUUUUUGAUCAAGAAAAUGGCUUUGGCAAGCUUGGCCAGAAGAAAGGCAUACGUGCUGUCGAGAAACCUGGCAAAUUCACCUGCUGAUGCGUUGAAGUACUCUUUUUCACUCAGCAAUUUCUCAAGGGGUUUCGCUUCAGGAUCUGAAGAGAACGACGUUGUUGUCAUCGGUGGCGGACCUGGCGGCUACGUCGCGGCUAUCAAGGCCGCACAGCUAGGUCUCAAGACAACCUGUAUCGAGAAGCGCGGUACCCUUGGUGGUACCUGCCUCAACGUUGGUUGCAUCCCUUCUAAAGCACUUCUUCAUUCCUCUCACAUGUACCAUGAAGCUAAGCAUUCAUUUGCUGGCCAUGGUGUGAAAUUUUCUUCUGUUGAGGUUGAUUUGCCUUCUAUGAUGGCCCAGAAGGACAAAGCUGUUUCUAAUCUUACCCGUGGUAUUGAAGGUCUAUUCAAGAAGAACAAGGUAAACUAUGUCAAAGGCUAUGGAAAGUUCAUUUCUCCCUCUGAAGUUUCUGUAGACACUCUUGAAGGUGGGAGCACUGUUGUAAAAGGUAAGAAUAUCAUAAUUGCCACUGGUUCUGAUGUCAAAUCUUUACCUGGUAUCACCAUUGAUGAGAAGAGGAUUGUGUCAUCGACUGGAGCUUUAGCUUUGUCAGAAGUCCCUAAGAAACUCAUAGUCAUUGGGGCAGGCUAUAUUGGGCUUGAGAUGGGUUCAGUCUGGGGCCGACUAGGCUCAGAGGUUACUGUUGUUGAGUUUGCCCCAGAUAUUGUUCCAACAAUGGAUGCAGAAAUCCGCAAGCAAUUCCAACGUUCACUUGAGAAGCAGAAGAUGAAAUUCAUGCUCAAAACUAAGGUGGUAGGAGUUGAUUCUAGUGGAAACAGUGUGAAGUUGACUGUUGAACCAGCUGCUGGUGGAGAGCAGACCACACUUGAAGCUGAUGUUGUUCUUGUCUCUGCUGGUAGAACUCCAUUCACAGCUGGACUUGGCUUGGACAAGAUAGGAGUGGAAACUGAUAAGGUAGGACGAAUUUUAGUCAAUGAAAGAUUUACUACAAAUGUGGCUGGUGUUUAUGCUAUUGGAGAUGUAAUUCCAGGGCCUAUGUUAGCCCACAAAGCUGAAGAGGAUGGUGUUGCAUGUGUGGAGUUCAUAGCUGGUAAACAUGGCCAUGUUGAUUAUGACAAAGUCCCUGGAGUUGUCUACACUCAUCCUGAGGUUGCAUCUGUUGGGAAGACUGAGGAGCAGGUUAAGGCUCUUGGUAUUGAUUACUGUGUCGGGAAAUUCCCUUUCUUGGCAAAUAGCCGAGCCAAGGCUAUUGAUGAUGCUGAAGGAAUAGUCAAGAUAUUGGCUGACAAGGAGACGGACAAAAUUCUGGGAGUCCAUAUCAUGGCACCAAAUGCUGGAGAGCUCAUCCAUGAAGCAGUCCUUGCCGUUAAUUAUGAUGCAUCAAGUGAGGACAUUGCACGCGUGUGCCAUGCACAUCCUACAAUGAGUGAGGCAUUGAAGGAAGCUGCGAUGGCCACCUAUGACAAGCCAAUUCACGUAUAGAAAUCUAGAUUUUACAUGUUAUUCUUCAUUUUGAUUUUUGUUUGAGAAUUUUCAACAUGACUCAGCACAAACUGUUCAUUUUCUUGUUUGUCUUUACUUGAAGCUGGUGGCAUGCUGGACUAGAGAUUUGCUUAUCUUCGUUCCCCAUCGUCUAAAUGGCAUAAUAAUGCAGCAUGUUCAGUCAUCUGUUUGAUCAUUGAUGUGCAAUUUAAUAAAAACUUAAUAUCUUGAAUCAGAUUUCAUGCUCUGGUGAUUCCCUGUUAUACAUGUAUUGAAGUUAUCUUAUGUUUGAGUGAAUAUUUUGUUUGUGAACAAUUCAGGAUUCGUUGUGAA